AUGCCGAGAAUGGGCAGAUCUUGCAGGCAAUAUUUGGCAACUCUUUCUUGCGUUUUUGCUUUUUAUUUCUCCCUGUUCUGUGUUUCUCAAGGUAAAGAUACACUUGGAGUUAACGAAUCCAUACUUGUAUACCAUGGAGACUUAUUGGAGUCUUCCAACCAGCGUUUUCGGCUCACCAUCAGUCAUCCCUUUAGCUGGUUAUGGGUCCUGGUGAUCCAAUACAUGUCCAUGCUUCGAUCAAUUGACGUCUGGGCCAGCGACAGCUACCAGACUCCAGCCAGCAAAGAGCCUGCAUUUUUAACCAUGAAUGCAGAUGGAAGGCUGGUUGUAUAUGACACUUCUCACAGUCCUGUAAUCGUUGUGAAUUCUGAACAGCCUAUUAUGAUUAGCAACACUACUGCAAUUUUACUUGACAACGGGAACCUGGUUUUAAGAGCACCUGGAGGGAAUAUUGUCUGGCAAAGCUUUGACUAUCCGAGUAAUAAAUGGCUUCAGGGAAUGAAACUUGGGAUUUUGCAAUCAGGUACAAGAUUUCUAACUUCAUCACCAAGCUAUAACCAACCUUCUUCUACAUUAGGCGUUGAUUUGAAUAAUACCAAGGAGAUUGCUAUUAUGCAAGAAGGAGUGGUUUAUUGGAGAAGUGGGACAUGGGAUGGCCAAAAGCUCAGCUUUCUUGAUAUAUCGGAUAGUUUUGGUUUCAAUUUUUACUAUGUAUCCAGUCCAAAUGAGACCUAUUUCACAUGGAAUAGUAGUACUGAUCCCUUUGCCUUACUAAUUUUUAGCGAAAGUGGGAAUAUUACAGUUCGUAGUGGGGAUUUUACCAAUGCACAGGCAUUGGCAGUUUGUGAUGUAAUCACUUACAGGAGCACGAAAGAUCAGUCCAAAGGGUGUACGAAUCCUUGUGGCGUCGGUGAUGGAUUUAAGGAAAUAAUGGGUGACUUGGUUGCGUGGGAUGAAGUGUCCUAUAAUGACAAUGCUCUUCGCUUUUGUAAGUUGAGAUGCAGAAGAAACUGUUCGUGCUAUGCUUAUUCUAAUACUGCAUACGAUCAGGACGGUGUUGCUAUGGGCUGUAAAAUGGCUAUCAGACGACAUGGACAACUUAUUUCUUCAAAUAAACAAACAAUUUUUGCCCGCGAAAGCUUUGUUUUGGAGAAAGGUUUAGAGAAGUUCCAGCAGCUUCAUGAAAAAAGGGAUGAUGAAUCAUCUGUUGUCGAGUCUACCAGCAUAGAAAUGGCAACAAAUAAUUUUUCUGAUGAAAACAAACUUGGUCAAGGAGGAUUUGGUCCAGUGUACAAGGGAAAGUUGUCUACUGGGCAAGAGAUUGCGGUGAAAAGAUUGAAAAUAAUGUCAGGCCAUGGAAUUGAGCAAUUCAAGAAUGAAGUGACAGUGAUCUCUAAGCUGCAACAUCGAAACCUUGUAAAACUUUUGGGAUACUGCAUUCAUGGGGAGGACCGGAUACUAGUUUAUGAGUACUUGCCCAAUGGUAGCUUGGAUUCAUUUAUUUUUGAUACUACAAAACGGGCAGUACUAGAUUGGAGAAGGCGUUCCAGUAUUAUUGAAGGGAUAGCUCAAGGGCUGUUGUACCUCCACAAGUAUUCCAGAUUAAAAAUCAUCCACAGAGAUCUCAAAACAAGCAAUGUUUUGUUGGAUAAUGACCUGAAUCCCAAGAUUUCUGAUUUUGGGACAGCAAGAAUUUUUGGAGAUGAUGAAUCACGUGCAAAUACAUUGAGAGUCGUUGGGACUUAUGGCUACAUGUCUCCUGAAUAUGCCAUGAAUGGCAUCAUCUCUGAGAAGUCUGAUGUUUACAGCUUCGGAGUCAUGAUGUUGGAGAUCAUAAGCGGAAAGAAGAACACAACUUUCAAUGACACCGAUGAUCAUUUAAACUUAGUAGGACAUGUGUGGGAUUUAUGGAAAGAAGGAAGGGUUUCGGACAUUGCAGAUCCUAGUUUUGGAGAGACAAUUGCCAUGCAUGAAAUUUCAAGAUAUGUUCAAGUUGGGCUGUUGUGUGUUGAAGAAAAUGCAGCCGACAGACCAACCAUGUCUGACGUUAUUUCCAUGCUAAAUGGAACACUAGUCAGUCUUCGUGUUCCAUAUCGACCGGCUUUUUCUGCUGCUACCGGCGGCCGGAACAAUGACAAUUUGGUUCAGAAUGCAGAACCUUGCUCCAACAAUACACUUCACAAGGCAAAAAAGAAAGUAAAAACAUAUACUAGUCUUUACAGACGUUAUCAAGAAUGGGCAAUCACUAGAGAUACGCUAGGCGUUAAUGAGUCCCUAGUUGUAUAUUAUGGAGACUUCUUGGAGUCUUCCAACCAGCGUUUUCAGCUCACCAUCACUCAUCCGCUUAGCUGGGCAUGGUACCUGACGGUUCUGUAUGUGUCUAUGCGUCAAACCAUCGACGCCUGGGCUAACGACAACUACCUGAUUCCUGCCAGAACUGAGCCCGCAUAUGUAACCAUGAAUCCUGAUGGAAAGCUAGUUGUGUAUGACAUUUCUCACAAUCAGCUGAUCGUUGCAAACUCUCAACAGCCUGUUUUCAUUAGCAACACGACUGCUACUUUACUCGCUAAUGGAAACCUGGUUUUGAGAGCUCCUGGAGGUAAUACUGUAUGGCAAAGUUUCGAUUAUCCUACCAAUAAAUGGCUUCAAGGCAUGAAACUUGGGGUUUUUGGAUCAAGCACAAUCCUUCUAACUUCAAAGCCAACAUUUGGGGAUCCUGCUUCUACAUUAGGAAUUAAUCCGAACAAUACAAAGGAAAUUGUUAUUAUGCAAGAUGGAGUGGUUUAUUGGCGGAGUGGGAUAUGGAAUGGCCAGAAUUUCAGCUUUCUUGAUAUCUCAGAUGAUUUUGGAUUGAAUUUUUACUACGUUUCAGAUUGGAACGAGACAUAUUUCACAUGGAACAGUAGCACUGAUCCCUAUGCCCUAUUCAUCCUUGCUGCAACUGGACAAAUUCAUGUUAGUAGUGGGGACUUUACUGAUUCUCAAGCAUUGGCAGUUUGUGACAUGAUUGAUGGCAAGACUUGGAAAAAUCAGACCUUGGGGUGUACGAAUCCUUGUGGCACUGGCGAUGGAUUUAAGGAAAUAAUGGGUGACUUGGACGCGUGGGAUGAAAUAUGGAAUAAUGACAAUGCCCUUCAUUAUUGUAAGUCGAUAUGCAGAAAAAACUGCUCGUGCUAUGCCUACUCUAAUACAACAUGCGAUAACAAUGGUGUUGCGCUGGGCUGCAAAAUAGCUACGAGAAAGAAAGGAAAUCUUAUUUUUUCAGAUAAACAGAAACUUUUCGUCCGCGAAAGCUUUGUUUUGGUGAAAGAAGUCAGUCCACCUACCCAAUCACCUGAGCUUGCUCCAAGCCCUCCCUGGCCAAAAAAGAAAUCAGACGCAUGGAAAGUGAAGUUAUCUAUUGCUGCUGCAGCAGUAUUUCUCGGGGCUCUUGCGUUACUCUAUUUAUGUUGCAAUCUGCAAAGAAAAAAUCACCAUCAUGAAGAUACAUUAAACAAUAGUACUCAUGGGCCUGGGAACUUCCAGCUUCCUGAUGAAAGGGAUCAUGAAUUACCCCUUUUCGAAUUUAGCAUCAUAACAUUUGCGACUGAUCAGUUUUCUGAAGAAAACAAACUUGUCCAAGGAGAAUUUGGUUCUGUUUACAAGGGUAAGUUGCCUACUGGACAGGAGAUUGCGGUGAAAAGAUUGAAUAUAUUGUCUGGGCAUGGAAUUGAUAAACAAUUCAAGACCGAAGUUGCAGCGAUGUCUAAGCUGCAACACCGAAACCUUGUAAAACUUUUGGGAUACUCCAUUCAUGGAGAGGACCGGAUAUUAGUUUACGAGUACCUACCCAAUGGUAGCUUGGAUUCAUUUAUUUUUGAUGCUACAACACAGGGAGUACUAGAUUGGAAAAGGCGUUCUCAUAUUAUUGAAGGCAUAGCUCAAGGGCUGCUGUACCUCCACAAGUAUUCCAGACUAAGAAUCAUCCACAAAGAUCUCAAAACAAGCAAUGUCUUGCUGGACAAUAACCUGAAUCCCAAAAUUUCUGGUUUUGGGGCUGCAAAAGUUUUUGGAGAAGAUGAAUCACGUGCAAGUACAUUGAACAUUAUAGGGACAUAUGGUUACAUGUCUCCUGAGUAUGCAAUGAAUGGAAUAAUCUCUGAGAAGUCUGAUGUAUAUAGCUUUGGAGUCAUGAUGUUGGAGACCAUAACUGGCAAGAAAGUCACUUCUUUCAAUGAUACAGAUGAUCGUUUUACCUUAGUCGGACAUGUGUGGGAUUUAUGGAAAGAAGGAAGGAUUUCAGACAUAGCAGAUCCCAGUCUAGGUGAAACAAUUCCCAUGCAUGAAAUUUCAAGAUGUGUUCAAGUUGGGCUGUUAUGCGUUGAAGAAAAUGCAGCAGAUAGACCAUGCAUGUCUGAUGUGAUUUCCAUGCUUAACAACCAAUUCCUAGUAGGCCUUCUUGUUCCAAGUCGACCUACCGGCUGCCGAAACAAAGGCAACUUCGUUCAAAAUCCAGACUGCUCCAACAACUCAGUGACGAUUUCGGAUUUGGAGGCUCGAUGA